CCCGACACUAGCCGAAACACUUCCUCUACUCCCGAUCAUAGAAGUCUGAUGUUGUCGGGUUGGGGGUGAUGGUGUGGACGAUAUUAAUGAAACAAAGAUUUUUCAACAAAACCAUCACUCCUCAGCCCCUCCCAGUCCAGUGAUUUUCGGCUUCGAGGCUUGACAAAGAUCCUGACCAUUAAAGAUGAAUGCAAUCAGCGCUGCAGUGUUGAGCACCCUGUUCGGCAUGGCUGUGUCAUCUAUGAAAGUUAAAGAGGAACACAGGACAGCCUUCUUUGGGGAGGACGUUCACAUUGACGUCCCGCCUGGGAACCUUGGUGAGGUCGUGUUCAAACCCAGGACCAACCACUCUGCUGAGGUGGUUCUACUGCAAGCGGGACAGGUGGUGAGUCCACGGGGCCGCCUCACCCCUCAGGGACACCUGGUGCUGGACGACAUGCUUGAGGAGGACGAGGGGGUGUAUGUGAUCAAGAACACCUACAGCCCCAAAACAGUCAAGCACCUCAUCAUCAUUGUCAGGGACUGCGCUUUGGAACAGGUUGUGAAGUAUGGAGAAACGUACCAAAUCAAUCUCAACCAAGUCGAAGGCCCCAUCACCCUGGAGUUCAGGUUUUACACUGAUUGCUCAUGUGGUAGUUUCAGUAACUCUCAUUCACUUCCCUUCUCUCCGAACCUCAGGCCCGCUCUGACUCAGCCCAAUCAGACUGAGAUACAUCACACAACAGAGCCUCCAACACGGGUGCUGUACAACCAGACGGCGGUGCUGGCCGAGGAGUACGUGGGGCGUCUCAGCGUGUCGGAGAAAAAGAUAACACUGCACUCGGUCAAGAUGACAGACGAGGGAAGCUUUACAGUGUUGGACCGUGAGGGCAAAGUGAGAAAGAGGAACUGUCUGAAUGUGAGAGAGCACCAGGAAUUCCUCCGCCUCUCCCACGGAGAAAACCGGAGGAUAAAACUCUACUUGCACCACUCCAACGCUAACAUUGUCUACAGGUCCAAAUCUGACAAUCAGGGCCGGCUCAUCCUGGAGCAGGGGCUUCUGGUGAUGCCACUGGACCCUAAGCUGGAGGGAAGGCUGAGUGUGGAGGGGUCAGAGCUCAUCCUGAAGAAGGCCAACAUCGCAGACUCAGGUGUCUUCAUAGUGACGGACCUGGCUGGCUUUACUGUGGCUCAUAUCCACAUAGGGGUUGACGCCUAUAAACUGCCUCCGCUGACUGUUGCCAUCCUCGCCCUGCUAAGCGUGAUCGCCUUCAUGCUGCUCCUGUGCCUGCUGUCCUGUGUCUACAGAGUCCACAAGAGGAACGAGAAGAACAAGAGGCUGAUUCUGCUCGCUCAGCAGGCCGGCAACGGAGAAGGAGAGGCUUUCAGACAGGUGGUCCAUGAUGCUUACACCAGGUUCACUGAGGAAUCUCUGACGCAGUCUGUGUGUGAGAACCCGUCAGAGAGCACAGAGGUCACCAUUAAGGGCCUGGAGGUGUCAAAACCGGGCCGCUAUCACACUCUCUCCUCAGACAACUUUUUGGAGAUGAGCGACUCGGGGGUGGAGUUCACCUCCUCUGGCCUCCCACUGGACAGCGACACGGACGCCGGCAUGACCUAUGCCUCCCACAAGCCCCUACUGAAUGCCAUCUCCCCCACAGCCAUGACAGAAGAAGUUCCCUCCGAGAGCCUGGAGACCACCCUAGCCCCCAGCGGGGACCUCGGCGCCAGCCGGACCCCUGACACUGCCAUGAGCACCAGCCCAGCCUCCAAUCCUCGCUCGCCUGCUGCUGCCACCCCCGAUGGCAGCCUGCAUGGAGCUGCGUCGCCGGGAGCAGCCUCUGGGGGCACCUUGGGGUCAGAUUCAGCCCAGAAAGAGGGAAGGGCUGAGAGCGAAGACGCAGGGCAGAAGGAGGAGUCAGCCCAGAGCACCUGAGAGGCACCAGUGUGUAUUUUAUAGUUCAUAAUCCUCAUACAGUAAUGACAGCCACAACAAUCUGGCUAUGUCCAUCAUAUCCAAACACCCCGAGUCCUCAAUCACUGCAUUUGAAAUGACGACACAGACUAAAUAUUCAUACUUGGAUCCAGAUGUCAUAUUAGACUAAAAGAAAAUGUUGCACAAAACGCACAAUACAAAAUGUAACGCACUGAGCACUGAAAAGUUAGAUGCAAAAGAGUAAACCCACACUCAAAAGAAAAAAAAAGGCAAUUAUGUGAUAUGGAAAAUGCAUGCAUUUAAAUUAAACAUUAAAGUAGAUAUCAUAGUUCAGAUCUACGGGAAAAUGCUGACGUUAGCGUAGACUGACCGCAUGCGAGCUUCACGGGCC